UAUAUUUUCACAACUCCCACCAAAAUAUUCCACCAGUUUAAAGCAGCUCAAUCAUCAUCGUACUACUUCAAGUGCUUCUACUUUCAAUUCAAAGCAUUUUUGAAAAAUUUGUCAAACAACCAUUUUUCACAACUAAAGUGUUUUUACUUCAUAAAAAAACAUUUUCAACUCUUUAAAAAGUACAUUCAAACAAACCCUUAUAAAGUCAAUGGCUACUUUUCUCAGAUUUACUAGUACUACCGGUACUGGCUUUCAACUUAAGAAUCCUCAAAACCCAUUCCAUCUCCAUUCUCAUUCUCAAACACGUACCCUCUCAACCCAAAAAAGACUAGUAACCCCAAUGGCUGCUCUCAGCAUUACCUCGCCUACCACCAACAUCUCACACACAUUUAGAAAACUCAAGGACCAAGGCAAAGUGGCAUUUAUCCCCUACAUCACCGCCGGCGAUCCUGAUCUUUCAACCACGGCUCAAGCUUUGAAGAUGCUCGAUUCUUGUGGAUCAGACUUGAUCGAAUUAGGCGUGCCAUACUCGGAUCCAAUAAUAGACGGUCCAGUUAUUCAGGCUUCAGCCACACGUUCCUUGGCAAGAGGGACGAAUUUCAACGCAAUUAUGUCAAUGUUGAAGGAGGUGGUGCCACAAUUGUCUUGUCCAAUUGUUCUAUUUUCGUACCUCAACCCGAUUCUUAAUCAUGGUGUUGAAAAGUUCAUGCACAACAUUAUGGACGUUGGGGUACAUGGGCUUGUGGUUCCAGACGCUCCAUUUGAAGUGACAAAAAGUUUGAGAAUCGAAGCUGUGAAAAAUAAGAUAGAGUUGGCUCUACUAACUACACCAACUACUCCAACAGAUCGAAUGAAAGACAUUGUUGAAGCUUCCGAAGGAUUUGUAUACCUCGUGAGCUCCGUGGGAGUUACCGGUGUACGUGAAUCCGUGAAUGAACAAGUUCCAACCCUUUUAAGGGAAAUUAGAGAGGCGACAAGCAAGCCUGUGGCAGUUGGCUUUGGGCUCUCAAAGCCUGAACACUUAAAGAAAGUAGCCGAGUGGGGAGCUGAUGGUGCUAUUGUUGGUAGUGCCAUUGUGAAGGUGUUGGGUGAAGCUAAAUCUCCCAAGGAAGGGUUGAAAGAACUUGAAAUCUUCAUCAAAUCGUUGAAAUCUGCAUUAUUGUAAAAAUGGUAACAGUACUAGGGGGCAGUGACCUUAUUAACUGUGCUAUUGUAGUGUACUGUGUGGGGUUAGUAUUAUUGUGUUGGAAUAUAUUUGGUGUUUUAUGUCUU